AUGCAACAGCAAGCCCAGCGGACACAAACAACCCAGCAAAGGGCGGCCAUCACAAGCGAGCACGCCGGGGCACAAGGACAUGGGCAGUCCAGCAGCCCUCGCCGUUUGGAUCUCUUGGGUUCUUCGUUUGCGCUCUUUGCCGUCGGUGGUCGACCUGGUGUUGAACUCGGCACGCAACUCGGUAUUCGACUUGGUGUUGAACUCGGUAUUCGACUUGGUGUUGAACUCGGUAUUCGACUUGGUGUUGAACUCGGUAUUCGACCUGGUGCUGAACUCGGUAUUCGACUUGGCGUUGAACUUGCCAUUCGGACCUGUUCGCCAACUUGCUGUCCACUCCCCCCCCAUUCAACCAACAGCCAUUCAACCAACGCCCAUUCAACCAACCCCGUUUAA